ACUUCAGUUUAGUGUGGCUUACUGGCAAGAUUGAAACAUGAUUUCUUUGGUAUUAUUUUUGACAAUAUGUGGGUGUGCUCUUGGUCAAUAUAGAGGAGAGAAACUAGUCGUCCGACCCAAUAUUCCCAUUACUCCUGGACAAGUAAUUAGAAUUAUUAGUCAGACCCAAGAAGGACCAAACAUUGAUGGAUCAUACGGCUGGAGUUACGAAACCGAAAAUGGCAUUGCUGCUCGUGAAGUUGGAAGACCAAAAGCCCAAGACACUCAAGAAGUUCAAGGUGAAUUUAAGUACACAGCUCCAGAUGGUUCACCAAUUCAAGUAGUUUAUACCUCCGAUGAAAACGGUUUUGUUCCACAAGGUGCCCAUUUACCUACGCCUCCACCAGUUCCUGAAGCGAUCUUGAGAUCAUUGGAAUGGAAUGCUGCUCAUCCAGAAGAAGAUGAUUAUAUUAAGGGAGCUAAUACUAUUGAGGGUUCUGUUAGAUAUAGAAGACCUUAAAUAAUUAAUGCGAUAUUUCUUUAAAUAUGACGUAGAUAUGUUUGUAUUUAUUCUGUAAAUGUGGUUUGAAGGUGUUGUUAUGAUUAUAUUUUUGUAAAAUAAUAUUCUGGCAAAUAAAUAGUGAUCUCUACGGCGAUAACACU